AGUUACUUGUAUCGGAGCAUCACUAGUCGUGGCUGUCGUACUCGCGUAGUCAUCGUCAUUGGUGAUUUUCGUAGAAAUGCGUUGCAAUGUUCAGAAAUUGUUUUUAAAUUAAAACUUCUGAAAUAAUUCGCUAAUUUGUUUGAGUCAAAAUUGUGUAGAAAAGUUGGCGGAUGAUCAGUAAACAAAAAAGAAUAAAAUACAAAUGUGUUGAAAAUACCUAAAUUUGGAUAAAAUGUGCGAAUAAACUAUAAGAAAACUUCAGACAGGAAAACAAGGUUAAAAAAGCAGCCGGGGAAAGUUGUGCGUGAGCUUUAAUUAAGGUUCUACAAGUGAAAUAUACAUAUAAGAAACUUCGAAGUGUCGACUGCUUCAUGGUGGGAUUGAAACCAUUGUGAAAAAUAUGCAGAGCUGGCACAGCCCUAAAACCGCCAUAAUAAUUUAAAGGGAAGCAGAAACAAUAGAAAUAAAAAAAAAAAUUGAUUCCGUCAGUCACUGGCCAUAAAACCAGAAAUAUAAAAACGCUUUCAUAACUAAUCCCAAAGUGUCGAUUAUUGUUUAGUAUGGAUGAAGACGACAAUGCAUCCAGUGGUGGUGACACAAACCGUGAAUCAAUUUCUAAUGCUAGAGUUGAAGCAGGUGGCUUGCGAAGCAUUGAUAUUUCUAAUGCGGAAACAACCACAACGGAAGAAGAUGAGUCCGACGAUGUGGAUAUUUCAAUGGUAAUGAACUUACCAUCUGGUGUGUCUAUUAGCACUUCAGUUAGUUCAGAUGGGCGAUCGCAGCCUACUUACAUCGCCACUGCGACUGCAUCGGCACCCGGACGGGUUUCACUCGACUUCCCUGAUUGGGAAUCUGUGGGUGCGACAGAAGCGGAUGACGACUUGCUCACCGAUGCUUCCUCGAACUCGGCUACUACUGCAGGGAAUCCGCCUGGUAGCGCUGGAGGAGCUAAGCCUAGCUUUUUCUUUGGUACAUCAUCAUCAUUUAGUUUACGAAGUCGCAAAGAAGUUGCCGCUCUUAUUAACGCAGAGUGCUGUCGUGGUGGAAUAACACCUGAGUUGGACGCCGUUAUGGACAAACUUUUCAAUCCAGGAACACCUAUAGACAAUGCAGAUAAUAUAGAGUGGAUUCGAUGGUUAAUUGCUGGUGGCCGCACCCCUCAAGAAUUCGUUAAAAUUG